GGGAUUCAUUGUGAAGGUGGGAAGAGGAAGGUCCUGCCAUUACAAUAGUGUCUUUUGCAGACAGAUCAGGGAGCGCCACUGCUGGACUCCCAAGAACGCUCUCUCCAGCCCUCUUGGAACAUGAAUCUUGUAUAAUAUACAAAGUUUGGAUGGAGGGGCUGAAACGAGACUACCUUAAAGGGGGGCAAGUUCACUUCAGGCCCUGCCCCUCUCUCCAUCUCUGAAGGGGGUGUGUAUUCCUUGGUGUGUCUGUGGGUGUGGGCCUGGGGAUGACUAUCCCUGAAGAGACUGCAGCAGAGGGUGAGAGGGUUGCGAGGGGAGCCGCAGAGCAGAAGCGAGCCUCCCCCCUCCCCCGCCCGGCCGUGGGCCGAAGGAGUUGAACCGGCUCCACUACGCGUGUCCGCGCGCCACAGAGACGGAGGGGUUAAGUGCGAUUUAACUCCGGCUGUAACUGGUUCCUGGGCGCCCCUCGCCGAUCCCAGAGCCGUGCAAAGCCCUCGGAGGUCAGUGAAAGCCCAGGUUGCCGGAGUUUGCCUUAGAGCUUCUAUUUCACCCUUUAUAUUACUGAAUCCUGGAAACUCCCAGACCCAGGGGUCGGGAACAGCAGCCCCUCAGGCGCCUGCCCCCCUCCGCCACGCUCUCCGCUGCGGCUGUUUCUCUCUCUCUCUCUCUCUCUCUCGCUGCCUGUUUAGGCUCUGGAAAGGAGGAGCCUUCGCUGCAGUGAGUGCAGGGAGCUUGAGCCGAGGCUGUUUACCACAAGAAAAAAAUAACAAGGGCAGAUCUGCCAGCUGCAAAGCAGGGGCCGAGGCAAAAGCGGAGCGAGCAAGUGAGCAGCGUUCGCAGAUUGCCGAGACUUCCACGGCUAGUUCUUCAGCCUUUGCUUGUGCACGGAUUGGAGCAAGGAUGCUGGACUGGGUGCAAGCUUUGCUUCUCAGCACCGCGCUGCUGACUGUACCGUCUGCCACCGAAGAGUGCGUCCGUGGCAAUGGAGUUUCCUACCGGGGCAGCCGAGAGUUCGCCACGGGCGGUGUCCCCUGCUUGAACUGGCUGGCGGUGCAGAGAAACUCCGGCUCCGUGCCGCUUGCAGUCUCCGAGGAUCACAGCAGCUGCCGGAACCCCGACGGCGACGCGGCCCCCUGGUGCUACGUGAGCGGCGAGGCCGGCACCCCGGAGCGGAGCCGCUGCGACAUCGCCCCCUGCCCAGUUGCUACCUCUUCCACAAAGACUCUGGUCCCUACAGUUGUGGCUGAGGUUUCUCAGGAAAUAGACCAGGUAUUUGAACCAGCUGAUACUUUACCAGCCCGGAGCGAGGCAGCUGCUGUGCAGCCCGUCAUUGGGAUCAGUCAAAGAGUCCGGAUGAACUCCAAGGAAAAAAAGGACUUAGGGACAUUAGGCUCUGUGAUGGCCUUUAUCAUGAUGGUGAUAAUCAUUGCCAUUGGAGCUGGCAUUGUUGUGGGCUACAUCUACAAAAGAGGCAAAGACUUGAAGGAGCAGCACGAGCAGAAGGUUUAUGAGCGUGAAAUGCAGCGCAUCACCCUUCCACUUUCUGCCUUCACUAACCAGGCCUGUGAGCUUGUGGAUGAAAACACGAUAGUGGUGCAUACCAACCAGACCCCUAUAGAGGAGGCACAUGAUGGCAAUGCACCUCUCAUGGGCCAGGCAGGUACUCCUGGUGCCUGAAGAGCUCGGGCCAGGAGGGCACAGGUUGAAACGAUUGAGGCGAAGACCCUCGUCUCUUGUUUUGGGAGUGGGGGUUAAUUUGUAUUUUUUUGUUGAUGAAUUCCAGCAAGUGACAGGACUUGGAGAUGCACUGAAAUGGUGGCUGUUCAGUGUAGUCCAGUACAGUGACCUUUCAUUAUGUGGCUAGCAGGCCUUGUUUCACUUGGGGACUGGAGCAGUGGCAGCCUCAGGCAACUCCUCUCAUCUCCAGGGCUUACUGCAGCAGGGGAGUGGGAGUGGUUUCCCAAGCUCGCAAUGUGCCACACUGGCCCAACCUCCCAUACAUAGUGGGAACUCUCAGCAUCCUUUUUUCUGUUCCCUUCCCUUUUGACCAGUACAGUGUUAUGUUCAUUUGAGCUUCUGAGCUGACACAGCAUCAGUAGCAUUGGGACUGGUGGGAGCUUUAUUGCAGGGUUAUAUAGAGACUUUGAAUGUCAUUUUACAUUUUAUUUUAGUUUGAGAAAGGCUGUCCUGUGCAAAUUUCUUUGAGAGGAGGGCAGGUAUCAACUGAGAACCAUCACCAUGUGCAAGUGAAGAGCUUAGCUUCAGCUGGGAGACAGAAGGUUUUGGGCGAAGGGGAGGGAGAUGUUUAGCCCCAAUGCAUUACUUAAGGGAUCGUAAGAUACUCGUAAAGCAAAGUCUUCCAGUGCCCAGGACACAUUCCCACUCUCCUUGGCUGGUACAACAGGAGCCUGCUUCCAAAGCAGCCCCAUAGGCUGUCUGCUAGGGCAGGAGAGGAGCAGAAGUAUUUCAAAAGUGGGGGGAAGGUAGACAACCCCUCAGUCAGCUUCAGGGAGAGGGCUAUGUACUCUGUGCUGCUUAAAGGGAUAGUAGCCAUUUCUGAAUUCCUUUCAGGCUUCCCCCAGGAAUGUGCAUUUCCAGCAAACAAGAGUUUAAGCCAGUCCUAGGGUGAAGGCAACUGGAGAGCACUUGAGCAAAGGCCAAGCCAGCUGCCCUGCUACAGGCACAUCAAGGCCUUGUGCAGCCUGUUCCGUGUCCCCUGCACAGGCUGCAGGAGGGGCCACGCUGCAGGGGCUGUUUAUUCAAACUGGCUCCUUCAGAUAAAGAUUUUAGGGCAGGUGUGUCAGCAAGAACCACUUGUUUCUCAGAGGGGGGGUAGUUCAUCAUCUGUGUAGGACUAAUUCAGAGAAAUGCACAUCCCCCUCUCUGCAGUAGGGUUCAAGCCAUCCAAAUAACCUUUUCUACCCCUCUCUGUUAAGGGGACUCACUGAGCAGAGAUUAAGUGUUAAUGUUUAUAUGGGUCAAAAGGGAAAAAAAAUUUUAGAAGUCUUUGAAUACCAUUUCUUUGUAAAUAUUUUAAAUACCUCAUAAUAAAAAGUUACAGACUGUGCUGCCUUGUAUUAAAAGCUUAAAAAGG